AUGCGUAUCAACAGCAUCGCCGCCCUUACCCUCGCCUCCCUGCUUGGAGUGACGGCAGUUCCUGAAGGCAAGAAAUGCAACCACAACAACUGCCUUCGGGCCGUCAUUGCCAAUGCCUUCCCGGACAGACAUGGCGUUGAAGACUGCAAGGCGUACUUCUACGUCACUGUCACGCCCUCGACCACCGUGACCGCUGUGCAGACAGCCACGGACACCAUCCUUGCGACAUCCACGGCCACGGAAACGACGGUCGACUGCAUCGACUCGACCGAGACGGACUGGACCACCGUCACGGGCCCGACACAGGUCGUUUACUACCGUUCUGUCGAGAUUGAAACCCGGACCAUCCCCGCGUAUGCUUCUGCCUGCUCCGGAGAGGCCAAGUACGCGAGCGCUUGCUCGUGCGUCGGCGUGACCGUCAGCACCAUCACGGUGGACGCAGUCACCGCCACUCUCUCGGAGACAUCUACUACUUCGUUGACGUCGGUGGCUGCUAUGACCGCCGUGACUGCUACCGAGACCUCCUCGUACACGGAGACGGUGACGGCUACUUCCACCUUCACGCCUAUCCGGUAUAUUAAUUUGUAA